UUAAAAAAUAGUUGAGACAGCCGGGAGUACCACUAGGCGUAUACGGCGGUAGAAUAUAAUCGCUCGACCGCCGUCAUGGAGGGUUGGUAUCAAGGCAAAGCUGCUCGCUCUGUAAAAGCCCAGACGAAAUGGCGCCACUUGCUUCGAACUCAAAAGCCCAUGGUUGAAGUGAGCAAAUAACCCCAGAAAUACCAUUAUGCAGUUUCUUCGCUUCAAUGCCUUCGGUAGAUUUUUCCUCUCCUCUAUGAGGAAGAACAGAAAAAAAGAUGCAAUCACCUCUAUUAGGAUGCACAAUUGUCUUUCUUCUGUGGUUGAAACAUCGGAAUUUGAAUGUGAUUCCCUUCAUGAUGACGCCAAAGCAAAGGACAAAGAUCAUGCACUCCACUCAGUUCUCUCACAGCUUGCAGGUGAUUUUGGCAAAGAGUCUAUGUUGUCUUUGCAGCGCUUUUUUGGUUCACGACGUUUACCUGUGAUUUCGACGGGCUCGUUAAAGCUUGAUCUAGCUCUUCAGAUUGGAGGAUUACCUAAGGGUAGAAUUGUCGAAAUUUAUGGAAAGGAAGCAUCAGGGAAGACAACACUUGCCCUUCACAUCAUCAAGGAAGCUCAAAAACUUGGAGGAUAUUGUGCUUAUCUUGAUGUAGAGAAUGCAAUGGACCCUUCUCUUUUAGAAUCAAUGGGUGUAAACUCGGAAAAUCUUCUCCUUGCACAUUCAGAUUCUGCUGAAAAUUUGUUGAGCAUGGUUGAUACUCUAACCAAAAGUGGAUCUAUAGCUGUAAUUGUGGUUGACAGUGUUGCUGCUCUUGUCCCCCAAUGUGAACUUGAUGAGCGGAUGGUUGGAGCCUUGCAGGACACGCAGUCAGUUCUAAUGACAAAAGCUCUACGAAAAAUUAAUUAUUCAUUAUGCAGCUCUGAGACACUGAUUAUUUUUCUUAAUCAGUACUAUUCUAUAUUCCAGGUUAGAUCAAAUUUAAAAUCAAAUCAAGGUUUAGGGCAUAUGGGUGAAGUAACUUGUGGUGGAAAUGCUUUGGAAUUUCAUGCCGCUGUACGGAUGAGAAUUGUGAGAAAGGGAUUGCUAAAGACAAAUGAUAAGGUUACUGGUCUUGGGAUUUGUGUACAAGUGGUGAAAAAUAAACUGGCACCAGCAAUGCGACAAGCAGAGCUAGCAAUACAAUUUGGGAGAGGCCUCUGCUGUGAGUCAGAGGUUUUUGAACUGGCUUGUGAGUUUGGUGUCAUCCUGAAAGACGGGAGCAACUAUUUCAUAGAAGGGGAAGUUUUUAGCAAUAAAAAGGAAGCCGAACUGUACUUGGCUAAGAAUGAUGAAAUUUUUGAUAAAAUCGUCACCUUCUUAAGAAGUCAGUUGUUUGAGAGACACAUGGUUGGGAAAGAGACUUGACAAGAUGGAGCUCCACUCCUCUGUUCUGCCCUUCAUUUCAAGUCAGACCCUGCUGCUUCCUUUGACACAGAAUUAAGGAUCCUUUGAGAUGUAAGCAUAAAUUGCGAUAAGGUGCUAGGGUUUAAAUUUUUUUACCUUGGUAAAUUCUGCAUACGGAACAUCCAGGAACUGAGGGAUAGCCAGUUUUUAGAACUUUAGGAUGGUCUGUUUACAAAAUAUAGGAUGCCAUGUUAUGGCAUGGAGACUGCUCUGCUGUGAUUUUUGCGUGGAAAACAAACAUCAAAUGAGAAGACUAGAGAAUGGAGUGGUCUUCUAUCAUCAUGAUGUGAGCAAAUUGUAGAGCUGUCAUCGGAGGAGAGCAGUACUCAUUUCAGAGACUGUUAGUGAUUAUUUCAGCUUGUGAUCUGCUUUGUGAUUAUUUGCUUUCCCUGAACUGUUAGUUCAUUAUGCUUGUGAAGUAUUUUAAACAGUUGGUUAUGAGUUUAUUUGACUCAGAACUAUUCAUUCUUCCAUUUUUCUGGAUUGAUAAUCUAUUAUGUUGUACUAGUUUCAUGCAAGAGAUGAUGAAAGUUUUGCUGAUGGAACUGUUUAGGCAA